GCUACAAUAUUCGAAAUUUGUCAAAAGUUUGUCGAUUUUCUGAAUAGAGAUCCAGCAAUCAGAGAAGCUCAGUUCAUUUCAGCGACAAAUUAGGGGAAUUUUGAAAAAAGAAAGCUGGGAAGUGUGUGGGUGUUUUCAUAAAGGAAAUAUACCUCAUUUUGAGCCCUCUCAGGAUUCUUCUUCUUCAAGGCCUUGUACUCUUCUGAAUGAAAUGGCUGCAUUUAUAGCUAUGAUAGUCUACAUGGUUCUUUUGCCAACACCCAACAUCUUUGCGGCUAAGGAUGAAGAGUGGAAAUCUGCUACUGCAACAUACACCAAAGAAAUAGAUGGGUCAAUCAUUGCAGUGCUUGCAGAAGGUGCUUGUGGUUAUGGAGAUCUACAUAAGAUUCGCUAUGGAAAACAUAGCGCUGGAUUGAGUAGCAUGUUGUUUAAUGGAGGGAGUACCUGUGGAGCAUGCUUUGAGCUUAGAUGUGUUGACCACAUCUUGUGGUGCUUGGAAGGAAGUCCGACCGUCAUUCUAACAGCCACCGACUUCUGUCCUCCCAAUGAUGGCCUAUCUUCUGAUUAUGGUGGAUGGUGCAAUUUUCCCAAAAAACACUUCGAGAUGUCAAAGGCAGCAUUUACUGAAAUAGCAGAGAAAAAAGCAGAUAUUGUGCCAGUUCAAUAUAGGAGGGUGAGGUGCGACAGAAGUGGUGGAUUAAGAUUCACAGUCAGCGGGAAUUCUCGAUUCUUUCAAGUUUUGAUUACUAAUGUUGGAAUGGAUGGUGAAUUAGUGGCAGUGAAAGUGAAGGGAUCAAGAACAGGAUGGAUACCUCUGGCAAGGAACUGGGGACAAAACUGGCAAAGCAAUGUCAAUCUUCAUGGGCAACCUCUCUCUUUUGAAGUUACCUCUAGCAGUGGAAGAGCACUUACUUCCUAUGGUGUUGCACCUGGAAACUGGCAGUUCGGGCAGACAUUUGAAGGGAAACAAUUUUGACAUCGUUAUGCAACUAGGGAAAUUCAAAACUUUAGACCUUCAUUAUGAAAUAUAACCAGAAGCUUUGAACAUAAGAACAUUGGCAUGUUAAAUCUCUGGAUGCGUAAACACAUGAGAAUCAAACUGCACAAAAUUAGCAGUCUGGGCGUAGAGCCCACAUAGUUUUCAUCUUUACUGUAUAUUUUUCGAGAGGCAAUGCAGCAAUACCAUACC